CACUAUGGGCGGCAAAAAUCCCUCGCGAAUACAAAAAUGGAAAUGGGCGAGAAGAGGCGAAGGGCGAUGAAUGAACGCCGGGUUCUGCCACGGUGACCUUAGCUCCCACGCAUCGAGGUUGAGACUCAGGCUGUCCACUGCUUUGUCGCCGCCGAUGUAGCCGGCGAGACCGCCUGGCGAGGAGAGGAGGUGGCCAUGGGCAGGAGGAAAGGCUCUACCCGCAGCUACAUGACCGUGCGGAAUGAAGUGCUUAAGUCAGGCCAGCCCUUUGUCGACACGGCGUUCCCCGCAGAUGCUACAUCCCUAUAUGUCAAGGGCCAGGGUCCCCAGUUGGAGUGGAGACGACCCUCGGAGCUGUGCUCGCACGCACAGCUGUUUGCGGACAGCAACGUUCGCAGCAACAUCUGCCACGACCGGCCAGCCAACGCCUGGUUCGUCACUGUCUGCACGGCCCUGGCCCAUGACCACGAGCUGCUUGCUAAGGUGUUCCCAGAUGCCAAGCAGCAGGAGUGGCGUGCAGGGCAAACGCACCCUGGCGUGUUUCGCUUCCGCUUCUGGCUGCUGGGUGACUGGAUCGACGUACUCGUGGACGACCGGCUGCCUGUCACCAGUGGCAAACUCUACGGCUGCCGGUCACAGGUCCCCUCCGAGUUCUGGGCCCCCCUGCUGGAAAAGGCCUACGCCAAAUUCCUGGGCUGCUACGAACUUCUGGAGGCAUGCAGCCUGUCGGAUGCACUAGUGGACAUGACAGGAGCCGCCGCCGAGCACCUGGAGUUGGCUGUGGGUGGUUAUGCACGCGACCCCGCGCUACAGCAGCAGCUUUUUGCCAAAAUGCAGGCUGUGUUGGACAAUUCCUGCCAGGCGGUUGUCUGCUGUGCUAUCUCGGUGGAGCACGCAGACGAGAUGGGCAGCACGACGACCAAUGGUCUGCUUAAGGGCCACUCCUACCAGGUGAUGUCUGCCCGAGAGGUGGUGCCCGUGGAUGCCCCCUCCUGGCAGGAGCUGUUUCGCGAUCGACCGCAGCUGCGUCUUCUCCGGCUGCGCAACCCGUGGUGUUAUAAGGCGUCAGCCUGGACGGGCAUCCUGGCUCAGGGGUCAGCCGAGUGGUCCUGUCUCUCGGAAGCCGAACAAGCCAAACUCAGCAUCAGCCCAUCUGAUGAGCAAGAAUUCUGGAUUCCCCUCGAGGACUUUGUUGGCACUUUCACAGACACCUGCGUGUGCCACCUGCCAGGCCGCGGUGGGUGGCGGGAGGAGAGCUUCCUGGGUGAGUGGACCCUGGGGGAGCGCGGGAGUACCAUGGACCGUGCCGGGGGCUGUAUCAACCACAGGUCUAGCUUCCUUCGGAACCCACAGUACCGCCUGGAUGUCGUGGAAGAUGGGACGGUGGUUGUGCUGGCCUACCUGGUGCAGGACAGCACGAGUGCUGAGGAACCCACUGGGCACUUCGCCAUCGGCAUUCACGUCAUGCAGAUGGAGGUGAAUCGGCAGUUCCGAGUGCAUGUGCUCAAGCCGAAGGUGUGCAGCUCGGAGUAUGUGCGCGCGCGGGGCGUGUUCCUAGAGUGCAGCCUGCAGCGUGGCCGCUACUGCCUUCUGCCCACCACUUUCGAGCCGGGGCAGGCACGGCGGUUCCUGCUGCGCCUGUUGUACCGCCAACCACUUGAUGCCAGGGAGCUGCAGAAGGACGUGCCAAGUGCCAAGCUUCUUCCGUGCCAAAGCACACCAGCCUUGGCCACAAUCAUUCGCAUUAUUGGAGCGAGACGCCUUGAGCAGCAAGACCCUUUUGGAUUGGCAGACCCGUACUGUGUGAUGCUGUGCGAGGGCCAGUCGGUGCGCUCGACUGUCUGUCAGGGCACGCGGGACCCAACGUGGAACAUCAGCGCCCUCUUCUACCGCAAGGAUGCCUCCACACCCAUAAAGAUCCAGGUGUGGAACAGCCACCUGAUGAUGGACAUGUACAUGGCCAAAGCAUAUGUCGAUGCUCCACUGGGCGCCGAGCGGCAGAAGCUGGAAGUGCCACUCGUGGGGCACCGGAACAGGCUGGUCAGCGGUAAUGAAGGCAGCCUGGGUACUCUGCUUGUCGAGGUCACCACCACGGACGAUUUGCUAGCAGUGUGAGCCAGCAACUCGUAGUGAAACGCACACUGUGUGUGUGCCCCUCUCCGCCGCUAGAAUUGGAGCACAUCCAUGGAGGGGCUUUUGACCAAAGGUUCCACAUGUGCCAUUGUGUAGCACUACUAGUGCAUUGCUGCUGUAAUGAAAAUAUGUGAUUAAACUGUUUGUUGCUGUAA